AUGGUUAAGCCACGUUUACGCAUUUCAGAUAGUGUAUCCUCGAAUAUGGCAGAUGCAGAAGCAGCAGUAGUAAGCGAUAUUAGCGAUGAUGAAAAAGAGAAUGAAAAUUAUGACGAAUUAGAAACGGUCCGUGUUAAAUUCAACGUUCAGAAAUGCGAAGGUCGAUCAUUAUUUGAAUAUUUACCAAAAUUUUUGAAUUCGUUGUCACAAGCCGAGUUAGAAGAACGUCCAAUGUCAAUAAAAGAAUUUCAGAAAUAUAUUAAUCGUACGCAUCUAGAACAGACAAUGCAAAUUGGACUGAGACGAAUGGGUUUAAGAGAAGAUCGUUUGUUCACUAUUGAUGAUUUUCAGUUUGGUUUUCCAUUAGGAAAAGGUGCUUUCGGAACCGUUUAUCUGGCUCGUUUGAAAAAAACACAUUUUAUUUGUGCACUCAAAAUGCUUCAUAAAAGUAAAGUGAAUGAAUAUUCAAUGGCUGAACAAGUGAAAGUUGAAACAGAGUCUGGUUAUAAAUUACAUCAUCCACUUAUUUUGACAAUGUACGAUGUAUUUCAUGAUGAUAAACGUUUUUAUUUUAUUUUGGAAUAUGCACCUAAUGGUCAAUUAUAUAGGUUUUUACAAAAAUUGGGUCGAUUCCCCAAUCGUUUAGCUGCCACAUACAUUUAUCAAGUUUGUCAUGCACUUGCUUAUUGUCAUAGUAAAGGGGUGAUACAUCGUGACUUGAAACCGGAAAAUAUUCUAUUGGAUUGUUGUGGUAAUUUAAAAUUAGCCGAUUUCGGUUGGUCAGCAAAAAUUCGUGCACAAGAGUUAAAUAGUACAGCGUGUGGUACAUUAGACUAUUUAGCACCGGAAAUCGUUUCUCACAAGAAAUAUCAGUAUAAUAUCGAUAACUGGUGUGUAGGUGUUUUAACAUAUGAAUUAUUGUGUGGUCGUGCACCAUUUGAAGGUUCAGACGAAGAGACAAAGAAGAAAAUAUCUGCAGUCGAUUACAAAUGUCCCAAAGAUUAUGUGACAACAGACGCCGAACAUUUUAUCAAUAAUCUAUUACAAAAAGAUCCUAACAUGCGUAUGUCAUUAACUGCUUGCAUCGAACAUAAAUGGUUACAUUCGAAUGCGUACAAAUAUUUAUUUGGCCCCUAUAAAUGUCCAGUUUACGUUACAAUGGAAUAA